GGUCAGUUGUCCGAGAAAUAGCGUGCUGAGCGGUCGCAAAUCGCGCACGAGUAUUAAACACAAGCCGAAAAAAUAAUAAUAAAUAAGCAACAGAGUGAUUUGCACGAGAAGAUCUAGAUAAAGAGAUACUACAUAAGAACAAACAAAGAAAUUCUUAAAGCAUCUUGGCAUUGAAUUCCUCAUUUGUAAUUGCCCAAAGACAUAUUAAUUGCAAUUAAUUAAUUAAUUAAGCGUAAAAUGAGUAACUUAGAGCAUAUUACGCUGGAAAUAGAUAAAGUGCCACUGGGAGAUGAUAAAACUUUGGAAAAUAACAGCAAACACAGCUAUGGCGGUGCAAUCGACGGACGGACACGUAAUGCUCUUCCAGUGCCCAGAGCAGUUCCCGAAACAGAUGAUGAUGACAACGACGAUCGUCCCUUUGUUAAAGAUGGCAGUGACAAUCCCGGCGUGGAUGACGGUCUUUUUUCAACUGGUGGAGGCCACGGAGGCAACGGUAAUGUGAAUGUAAACGUUCCCAACGGAGGAAGACGACCCAGUUUCUCCUUUCCGGGAUACAAUGGACCCGGUUUCGUGACGAUCAACGGCGUGGAGACACCCAUACCCGAUGUGAAUGCUUAUCAGCACAAGAAGACCCUGGCUCAGGGAAUGAUGGACCUGGCACUCCUCUCCGCGAAUGCAAAUCAGUUGCGUUAUGUGCUGGAGACGAGCUCCCAACAUCCAUACUUCUAUCCCAGUCUGCUGUUCAUCUCACUCAGCAUUAUAUUCCAGAUUGCUGUGGGCGUGGGUCUGAUAUUGAAUGGCAGGUAUAAUAUCAAAAACGGGCACGAUAUCUGCCGAGCGAACAGGAUCAACAAUUAUACAGUGAUCGGCAUUUUUAUAGUCACGGUGGUGAAUGUUCUGAUAACCGCCUUUACAGUGGAUAGAGACGACAUAGCUACUGCGGCCGCUUUACGCGCCAAUACCACAUAGUUUAACUUCUAUUUUAAGUAGACUUUAUUAUUAUGAACACACAGACGCAUCUUUAGAUAAUACUCACAUUGUUCAGUCCUUGUUAAAGUUCACUCAUUUUUCUAAACCCAACAAUGAAAUGUAAUAAAUAAAAUCCCACGAGCAUUUCUCGCCUUAUUGAAAUUA